GUAAACCAAACCAGCAGAUUCAUCAUAAAAUAUUGAUUUAUUCUUUGUUUUUUAAGAAAUGCUUAAUAAUAGUUCUACUUCCCUUUUGAGAUCACUGCUAUUCAGGACGUUUUGACUGGUUGGUUACAUCUUGAAGGAUGUGUUUCUUAAAUGGAUUACCAUUUUUAAUUUAAAAUAACACAAUAAAAUAACCGCACCUAUAGUUUAGGGAUAUGUAGAAAAAGACAUGUUAUUUCUGUUUGCAAGGCUGAAAAUGGCAGAGUUUAAGCAUAUUCAGGACUCCAGCAGCAGCUCACAGAGCGAUCUCUACUGUGUACUAAACGAAGAUAUAAACAGACCGUCUGAAAGGCCGUCACACACAAAGAAAGGUGGCUUGUGGAGUAAACAACAUUGCUUUCUUCUGAUGUGUGGCACUGUCAUACUUUUCUCGGCUCUGUUAAUCACAGUGUCUGUAAAAUUGACUGAAGUGGCCAAUCAACAAGACCUGACAAAACACCAAUACAGUAAACUGAUUGAGAUAGAGAAUGAAGUGGCAAAUCUGACAUUGUCUUUAGCUUUGCUUUCUUCAAACCAACAAGAUAUAUAUGACAGAUUUAUCGAGAUGUUUGGUGAACUGAAAGCUGAUCUGAAGAGCAGGAUAACAAAUUUGACUCAGCAUAAACCUGUUCUAAACUGCAAAGCUGGGUGGCAACUUUUUCUUUCCAACUGCUAUCAAUUUUCCAGUAAUAAAGUGAGCUGGCAAACAGCGCGUUCAUACUGCGAUGGACAAGGGACCCUGCUGCUCAUUCUGGGGGAGGACUCCAGGGAGUGGGAUUUUAUUGUGAAACACGCUGUCCAUUCCUCUCAAUCCUACUGGAUUGGUCUGACAGAUGCUAUAACUGGCCACUGGAGAUGGGUUGAUGGAACACCGUACACCAUGAACAGCAGUCAGUGGGAACCUGGUGAACCAAAUAAUUGGUUGGGUGAAGAGGACUGUGGAGAACUAACCACAUCUGGAAAACUGAAUGAUGGCCACUGCUCCAAAAAUUUCAGUUUUAUCUGUAAAGCACCAGCUAAUGAAAACUAACUAGUAAUUAUAUAACUGUACUGUAAUGCAGGUAAAACAGUACUAAUAUUCUAAUAAAUAUACAGAAUGGUAUGGUGAGUAUUAAAAAAUACUAUAUAUAAUAUGACGCAUCCCCUGCACUUUAAAAACAGGUGAAUCUGUCCCCCGGCCUUUUUUAAAUGCCCCAUUACCAGUAUUUCCUCCCGUGUUCCCUGAUUUGUUGCUUAUUUGAGGGAAUUAACAUUAAGCCAAUCACAAGGCGAAUCAUCUCUUGGGUGCAUCUUCUGUUGCUUUUGCAAUUUCUUUCAUUCAUUUAAUUCUUUGCUCUGUGCUGGUCCAGGGUGAAAUGCACCCAAGAAAAAGCAGAAGGCAAUUACGUCUUUCAUUCAAAGUGCAUUAUGUGUGUUAAAUAUGACCACAAAACUCUUAUAGGACAUGUGUAUUUGUAGCCAAAAACACAUUGUAUGGGUCAAAAUUCUUAAAGAUCAUGUUCCAUGAA